ACUAUCACAGUUCUCCUGGCAGCCAUCAUGAAGGGUACAGUCUUGAUCUGCUGUUUCCUCUCCCUGCUGAUUUUGCAGGCCACAGCAGGUAAGACUUUUGAAGAAGAAGAAGGAGAAGAAAUCCCCUCUGUCCUCAGAGAUAGAUCUCACAUUGAUGAGACGCUGCGGCUUGCAACUGAGGAAAAAGCGGGAGACUAUGCAGCGGCUUUGGAGAGGUUGCGGAAGAUCUACCACACAUCCAUCAAGCCGAUGGAGCAGGCCUACAAGUACAAUGAGCUGAGGCAGCACGAGAUCUCAGCCUACCCCGGACGAACCCUGGGGGACUCAGCCACAGAUGGAGAGAUCACCUCCAAGCCCAUGGUGCUGUUCCUGGGACCCUGGAGUGUAGGAAAGUCCUCCAUGAUCAAUUACCUCCUGGGCAUGCAUGACAGUCCCUAUCAGCUCUACACAGGAGCCGAGCCUACUACCUCUGAGUUCACUGUUAUUAUGCAUGGUGAGAAGAUCCGCUCUGUUGAGGGUAUUGUUAUGGCUGCAGACAGCUCUCGGUCCUUCUCUCCACUGGAGAAGUUUGGCCAGAACUUCCUGGAAAAGCUGAUUGGUAUUGAGAUGCCCCACAAGCUGCUGGAACGUGUGACUUUUGUGGACACACCAGGAAUAAUUGAGAACCGGAAACAGCAAGAGAGAGGCUAUCCUUUCAAUGAUGUUUGCCAGUGGUUCAUUGACCGCGCUGACCUGAUCUUUGUGGUGUUUGACCCCACCAAGCUGGACGUUGGCCUGGAGCUGGAGAUGCUCUUCCGGCAGUUGAAGGGUCGCGAAUCCCAGAUCCGCAUCAUCCUAAACAAGGCUGACAACUUGGCCACCCAGGACUUGAUGAGAGUCUACGGAGCCCUCUUUUGGAGUUUGGCUCCUCUCAUCAAUGUGACAGAACCUCCCCGUGUCUAUGUCAGCUCCUUCUGGCCAUAUGACUACGCACCUGACACCAGCCGUGAGCUCUUCAAGCGAGAGGAGAUCUCCCUCCUGGAAGAUCUGAACCAGGUGAUUGAAAACCGCAUGGAGAACAAAAUUGCCUUCAUCCGUCAGCAUGGCAUCCGUGUGCGCAUUCAUGGCCUGCUGGUAGACCGCUAUGUCCAGACCUUUAAAGAGAAGAUGAGCUUCUUCAGUGACCCUGAACUAGUCUUCAAGGAGAUUGUGGAUGACCCAGACAAAUUCUACAUUUUCAAGUCUAUCCUAGCCAAGACCAACGUCAGCAAGUUUGACCUGCCCAACCGCGAUGCUUACCGUGACUUCUUUGGCAUCAACCCAGUCACCAACUUCAAGCCCUUGGCGGCACAGUGCUCCUACAUGGGAGGCUGUCUGCUGGAUAAGAUUGAGAAGGCAAUAACCAAUGAGCUGCCUGCCCUUCUGAGCAGCAUUAACUCUGGCAAGCAGCCUGGCCUGUCCUCCUGCGAGGCUACUGGCUGUGGUGAAAAGCCAAAGAAUCGCUACCGGAAGAACUGAGGAAAACAAAAUAACUUGAGUGGGGGAAGUAAGAAGAGAAGGGGUCUGGUGGAAGCCAACCCUGCUUUUGUCAGAACGCCUGUAUUGUUGAGGAGACAGAGGAGCAGGGAUUAGUGUUUGUUUUUGUCCUCAGGAAAAUAUGCGGAUGUACAUUUAGGGACUGUGGGAAUGAAGUAGAUAGAGGGAGGGAAGGGUCAUUGUUUGAUAAGGCAGCUUAAGGACACAAGUGCUGAAGAAAUGAGAACAUGUCACUGAUCACUGAGUUUUGUUAAAAUACACGCCCUCCUCUCUCCCUUGUACAAUCACAGUGGACUGUCUGGGAUUCGAGGGUUGGGGAAGUAAUGAUGUGAAGAAACACUGAAAUGGGAAAAAAAGUAUGAUCUAACAGAAAUUGAAAAUCCUGACACUGAAAACAGUCAAAUACCAGCUCCCUUGUAUGUGAAUAAAAUGGGAAAAGUGGAAACAGGAGUUGCAAAUUUGUCUUGUAAAAACAUGUAGAAUUGCAUUGCAGAAAGUCAAUUCCAUAGCUCAGAAGCUGUUUUUGAAGUAGCUUUUUUUGUGGGUGCUAUACAAAGCCAUUGUGUUUGGAUAUCCAUCCAAACCUUUGAUUUUGAGAUAGAUAAACAUUAACAUUGCAUGUUAGGCAUCACAUCAUAUUUAACAGAUGCAUGAAAUUCCUUCUAACAUAAAGUUUAAGUAAUAUUUCCUCAUGUAACUAAAACCUGGACCCACCUUGCCAUGCAACAGAUAAGGUCUCUUUUUCUUAGUUUUAUACGCUCAUCAGUCCUGGUUGUUGACAACCUGUGCAAUGAGCACUGUGAUGGAAGCAGAGGUCAGGGUUCAAAGGUCAGAGUCUUCAGAGCAGGGAGGGUACUGUUAUUCUGCUUCACUUCUUAAGUGAUCUUACUGUUUCUGUUUGUGUCUAUAAAUUUGCCGGUCUUUGGCAGAAAUACAAUACUGUGUUAUGAUUUUUUUCUUUGAACGAUAAGCUUCCCAGCUUUUUAAGCUGAAUGACCAUUAAAAAGAAAUAACACAAGAAGGAUGUGUUUGGAUUAUAGCUGUUGUUAGCCAUUUCUUCUGCCAUUUCUUCUGCAGGUUAGAAAGGAAUUUAUUGAUUUUCUGUGUAAACUUUCCAAAUGGGCAUUGAAGUACGCUGUGUGUGUGUACUGAACCAUCCUGCUAUACAAUUUUACAAAGCAAGAUUAUGUAGGUGGAUUUCUUAGCUUGCAAAAAGUGGGCUUGAAGUAAAAGUGAAGUGGAGUUGAUCCCUGACCUCUGUGGAAAAAGGAAGCCCUGACUACUAACUGUUAGACCCACAAUAGUUUUGCAGUGAUACAUGUCAUAGCUGCAAGUUCUUAUGUAAGCCUACCUCAGUGAACUUCCUAGAAGUAUGGCAUGGUAAAUUGCUUAAAAUAGUUUGACAUUUUGGAAUACACUUAUUUGACACUGGACAAUAUCUUGGAAGGACACAGUAACUUCCUGGACUCCAGGAAGCAGAGACUCCAGGAAGCCACUCUGCCUGGCCAAGAAAUAGUCCAGAACAUAACUCCUACUCAAACUGCAACUUGUUGCUAUUACACUGGAAUUUUUGUAGAGAUUAAGUUAACAAAAUAUAAUAUAUUAAUUAGAGAGCUUUAUAAGUGCAGGUAGACAGACUUUGGGCAAACUCAUGCAACUGUUUUCCCCAUGUUUCCAAGCUAACCAGCUGAUGGCUCCAGCUACAUACAGAUACAAAAGUGGUAUCAGUCUACCAAAAUGUCAAACUAUUCCUUUAAAUAUAAUCGAUCAUCAAAGAAGGUAAGUGGUAAUAACUACACCUCCAGAAAAAAGCACCAAUUUAACUCAAGGACAAAUGCACUUCCAGUUCCCUUUCUGUCCUCCCUCACUAACCCCAUAGUGAAUGAAGAGUGUUUUUCCCAACUAAAACGAAGCAUAAUGAAAAGGAAAAGAAAGCUUACAAAAUUAAUCUCACAUUUGCUUAACUGCCUGUUUUUUCUUUGAGUGUGAGUGCUCCACUGGAUGUGUUUAGUAUGUUUACACUGCAGAUCCAGAACAUGCCCACUAGAGAGUGCUGUGUAAAAGUGUAAAAAGUUAUACAGACCACUGACUAACACUCA